AUGACAACAUCUCUACCUUAUAAUAAUGAUAAUAAUAUAUUUGUCAAUUUACCUAUCCUGUUAAUUGAAAAAAUUGAAACCGUUGACCACCAAGCUGGAGACUUUCUUGCUCGAUUUGGAGUUGCUACCGAGUUCAGCCAACAAAAAUCAAGAUUGGCUCAAUUUUCUAAAGGUUCAUCACUUUUACACACUCAAGACUCUGAAGAGCUUGAGUUGUAUGUAACAGAGGGAAUAACGACAAUUCCUAUCCACAAUCAAGUGACAAGACUUAAGCUAAUAGUUACCGCGGGUACACCUGAUCCUUCACAGUCGUCUGUCAAUGUCUUUGAUUGUUCAAGUCUCGAGAACCUUAGAUCACUCUCGAUCAUCUUUGACUACCAGCAGUUUACCCAACAAUUGUGUCGACUUAUCGCUAGGCAAAAUUCACUCGAGAGGCUCUGGCUACUAGACAAAGAGGAUGUCAAUGAAAAUAACAAUCUAUUUAUUGUGGAAGUUCUCACAACUAUAAUGGAGAACGGUGAAACAUCAAAGAUAGAGCAUCUGUCUACAGAUUAUCUCGUAAGGACAGAUGAACUUGUCUUUUUAAAGACAUUCAUGGAUCGUUCUAUAUUUCUAAAUGAAUUCAUUUGUGUGAUGCAAUAUCAUGAAUCUAUGGAGACAUUCAACAAUCUCUGUGACUACAUGAAAGGCUACAAUAUUACAAGAUAUUUUAAUAAUAGAAUAAAGAUAUCAAGGAUUUUAUAUUAA